GCCGGGCCAGGAAGCCGAGCUUUCCCGGAGUCGCCGCCGCCGCUGCUGCUGCCCGAGACCACGUGCGGAGCUCGCCCGCGCCGAACCCCGCGGGACAGGGCAGGAACCCCGAGCAGCCCCAGAAGGGCAGGAAAGCCUCAAUAAGACGCCUCCACCAUGAGUUUUGUUGAGUAUGAAGAACUCAUUAAAGAGGGGGAUACCGCCAUUAUUUUCUUGGGCCAUGGCUCUAUGUUCCCCGUGCAAGUCCAGCGUGGGGCUCAGACACAGACCAAGUAUGGUGUGAUCCGCCACUCAGCCCAUCUCAUUGGGCAACCCUUUGGCUCCCGAGUGACCUGCAGCAAGGGUGGCUGGGUCUACGUGCUCCACCCCACCCCGGAGCUCUGGACCCUGAACCUCCCACACCGGACUCAGAUUCUGUACUCCACGGACAUCUCCAUCAUCACCAUGAUGCUGGAACUGAAGCCUGGCUCCAUUGUCUGUGAAUCAGGUACAGGGAGUGGCUCCCUAUCUCAUGCCAUUAUCCGAACAGUGGCUCCCACUGGUCAUCUGCACACAGUGGAGUUUCAUCAGCAGCGAGCACAGAAGGCAGAGGAGGAGUUCCGGGAGCAUCGAGUGGACCGCUGGGUGACUGUGAGGAACCAGGAUGUGUGUAAGAAUGGCUUUGGAGUGUCACAUGUGGCCGAUGCUGUCUUCCUUGACAUCCCCUCACCCUGGGAGGCCAUUGGCCAUGCCAAAGAUGCCCUGAAGGUUGAAGGUGGUCGCCUCUGCUCUUUCUCACCCUGCAUCGAGCAAGUCCAGCGGACCUGCCAGGCCCUGGCCGAGCAUGGGUUCAUUGAAGUCUCCACCCUGGAAAUACUGCUACGAGAGUACAACGUUCGGACAGCUAACUUGCCCUUGCCGGAUCUGGGUGGGACCCUGGACCCCCUGCCCGUCCUGGGCGAGGCCCAGUUUAAGAUUGGGGUACCCUUGAAGGACACUGUGGGCCACACUGGCUACCUGACCUUCGCCAGCAAGAGUUUGUUUUGAUGCUGCUGAUCUGGAGAGGGGAGGAGGCUGGGAGGUGGAGGGAAGGGGGGCUGGGAAGUGUGGAGUCGCCCAAUUUUCUUCCCUUGGUCAGAGAAUGCCUUAUAUAGUCAGGCCGCUCAGGCCUGGGCUUCUGUAGAAACGCCACUCAGGCAGGCACUCAGCAGCCCGCACCCCGGGUUUUGGAAACCAAGCGAGGAAUCUGGCCAAGGCCUAUCGAGGGUGUUUACUUUGCAUCUUUUCACCCACCCCCACCCUCUUUCUUACCCCUCCGCCCCCACUUCCCCUCCUGAAUCCUGUGGCCUGGAUUAAAUUUAUUUAGAUUUGGGAGAUGUUUUCCACCACCUCCCCGCCCCCCAUCCCACCCCAGGCUCAUUUUCUGGAGUUUUUAUUUUUGUUCUAAAAGAUAAAAAACUGUCCCUGCCACCAGCCUCUCUUCCUCAUCCCUCUGUGGGUGCUCUGUCCAGCAGGGAACAAAGGAGCCCUGAGGUUUAGCCAGAAAAGCACAAGAUUUCAAGUCAGGACCUGGGUUCAGUCCCUGCUCCGUUUAUUCCAUCACCUGUACAGCCUUGUCAAGUGGUUUCCCCUCGCUAGACUACUCAGUUUCCUCAUCUGUAAAAGCAGGGGGCGGGGUGGGACUAGAAUUCUAGGGCCCCUUCUCACCCUCAAUUCUGUGAUCCUGAAAGAUCCUGAGUGGCUAGUAAGGUUAGGGGCAGCUCCUGCUAAGCUAAUGCCACUGGGGUGAGGGGGAGUAAAAUACCUCCCCCCCCCUCCAUCCCCCCAACCCCUGCCAUCCACACCCCAAUCCUUUGGGGACUGGAUUCCAGCUGUUCUCAGGGGCAAGCCUCCCUCCUCUGCUGUUUCUCUAAGUCCCUGGGGAUGGAUGGGCCUCUCUCACCCUUGCCCUGGAAUGUUACAGCUGUGAGAUGGAAAAUAUACCAUCCUCAGCCCAUGGAUAACCCCUCUAACAAUAGAGAACCGAGUACAUUCUUUUAAAGGCUCACCCCUCCUGUGUUUCUUUACCCAGAUGGAGUCUUUGGCCUGGUUUGCACAUCAGUUUGGGCUGUUUGUUUUUCCCAGGUCUCCCUUCGAGUUCUGGAUCACAUUUCCAUCUCCUGAAAUGGUCCCCCCCAUCUCUGAGGGGAUCACGGGGGCCCUGAGGAGGCCUUCCCUCCAGCUUCAUUUGUCAGGAUUUUACUUGGAGGCAUUGCUCAAAAAAAGAGGUAGUGAGUUGCCUGUCACAGGAGGUCUUCAAACAAAGGCUUGAUAGUGUAGAAGGCAUCCUAGCAGGCAUCAGAUAGCCAUUUGAGCUCCAAGAUCCCAUGAUUCUGUAAGGAGCAAAUAUGCCUGUUUUUAUACAUCUCAGAGAAUCUCAGCACUGGAGGGAACUCAAGAGGAUUGAUUCCCUUCUAUAACAUCCCCGAAUACCCCCAAAGUGACAGGCAGCUCAUUACCUCUAGAAAUAUUCUUUGGGCCCUGAUUAUCAGAAACUUUUUCCCGAUAGUGGGUUUGAGCAAUGCCUCCAAGAUUUUUUUAAGUGAGGCAUUUGGGGUUAAGUGACUUGCCCAGGGUCACACAGCUAGUAAGUGUUAAGUGUCUGAGGCUGGAUUUGAACUCAGGUCCUCCUGAAUCCAGGGCUUUAUCCAUUGUGCCACCUAGCUGUCCCUACUCACUACCCGGUCAGUUUUUGGAUAACUCUGAUUUUUGUCAAUAAUUUAAUCCUCCAAAAUCAGAAUGGCACUUUACUAAACACAAUCUUGUAAGAUAGCUUACACAAGUAUGUCAGUUUUAAAGAUGGAAACUCGACCCUUCAAGUCGACUUUCUCUUUAAUCAGGCUGAAAUCUGCAUUGAGAGACCAAAGAGAGAACAAGUUCCAAUGCACUCCCCUCAUAAUAGUCCUUCCAAUACUUGAAGAAAGUAAUUCUGUAUAUUUCCCACCUAAGUCUUCUCGGAAUAAAGAGCCUUGGAUUCUCCAGCAUGUCAUCACUGGACCCCUGUCCAUGGUACCCCAGAGGGUGGGGGAGGACUGAAAUGGUUUGUGGUUGUAAGGGCUGACACUCCACCCCAGUACCUGCCAAAGGACCUCAUUGAGGCCUGGGUUUGAACAAGUAGAGACUCCAGAUUUGUCUUAGUUUAAAAGGAAAUUCUAUCCAUUCCCACCAGCAAAGUUAAUGAGUGGAAUAAAGAAAG